GCAUAGUUUUACGACUAGUAGUCGAAAGUAUUUUCGCCAUGAAGGGUUUAUCCGUUACCUUGUGCGUGGCCAUUUUGGGCUUGGCCUCCGUUUCUUUGGCUUUGAAGGCCCGCUACGAUAAUUAUCACGUUUUCCAGGUGCAACCAAACACCGUGGAGCAACUGGAAUUCAUUAAGCAAUUGGAUGGUUCCCGCGAUUCCUAUAUUUUCUUGGAUGCAGUACAUUAUUUGAAUUCGAAAAUCAAUGUUGUCGUAGCCCCACAUCGUGUGCCUGACUUUGUCAAUGCUUUGGAGAAACAUUCCGUUACCUAUGAACUUGUGGAUACCAAUGCCCAAGCUCAAUUGGAGGACGACAUUGUUGCCAAUCCCAAUAGACGCAGUGAUGACUAUGGCUGGGAGGAAUAUCAUGAAUUGGAUGACACCUAUAAUUGGUUGCAUUCUUUGGAGAAUAAAUAUCCCGGUGUUGUUUCUGUCUUCAAGGCUGGUCAUUCCUAUGAGGGUCGUGACAUUUUGGGAGUUAAGGUAACCUAUGGACCUGGUAAAAAGGGUAUUUUCUUGGAGGGUGGUAUGCAUGCCCGCGAAUGGAUUGGCCCUGCCACCACCACCUACAUACUCAACCAACUGCUGACAAGUACCGACAAGGAAGUUCGCAUGAUUGCCGAAAGCUUCGACUGGUACGUUGUACCACACGCCAAUCCCGAUGGCUAUGUCUACACCCACACCACCGAUCGUUUGUGGCGUAAGACCCGUACUCCCUAUGAAGGUGAUUGUUUUGGUGCCGAUCCCAAUCGUAACUGGGGCUUCCAUUGGAAUGAAAUUGGUGCCACUGAUAAGCCUUGCUCUGAUACCUAUGCCGGUCCCUAUGCUUUCUCCGAAAUCGAAACCAAAACCUUGGCUGAAUAUAUUGCCAACGAAUUGAAGGGCAAGAUUUUCCUGUAUGUCUCCUUCCAUUCGUACUCGCAAUUGUUGUUGUUCCCCUAUGGCCACACCAAUGAAUUGCCACCAAACUACGAUGACUUGAAGCGUGUAUUUGAUGCUGCCGUUAGUGCCAUUUCCGUACGCUAUGGAACCAAAUAUACUGGUGGUAACAUUUAUGAUGCCAUCUAUCCCGCUGCUGGCGCUAGUGUUGAUUGGGCCUAUGGCGAACAGGAUGUCAAAUAUGCUUUCUGCUAUGAAUUGCGUCCAUCUAGCUUGGGUUUGUGGACUGGUUUCAAAUUGCCAGCUGACAAAAUUAUUCCCACCGGUGAAGAGACUUUGGACUCUUUGUUGGCCAUGAUCAAGGAAGCCGGUAUUACACACUUCUUGUAAGAUUCGUAAAUAAACUUUGCCUUUGGCAUCAAAGAUCAUAUUGCGA